CAAAUUAUAUGAUUGAAUAUUCAAAGAGAGGCGCGGUUUCGCUGGAAGCGCACGUGCUAAACAUUUAUCGAAGUGCUCGGGAGUUGUUCAUGUGCCUUUGGUCGAAGCUCCAUGGAGACUUGAACGUUGGCCGGUGUUCAAUAGUCACCAGUGGACGAGAAAUACGGUGAACAAGAUGCUACCAGACGCCUACGGCUGUGCCGUAGCUAACAGGUUCGGGAAUCUUCCCGACGACGACAGGGACCCGCUGGACUUCAUAAGUGAGAUGGAGACCGAGAAGGAGAAAAACAGGAAGAAGAAAAAGGAGGUGGAAGACAAAAAUGCCAAGCAGAAGAAACCCGGACAGAAAGAAUCCCAGAGGGACAGACGUGUGCCCAUCCCGAAAAUGGUGAUUCCAGAACCUGAUGCAACUUGCAAGCGGCCAGUCCGUGCCGCAGAAGAGGACAGAGUAGAGACUAAAAGAGGCUUUGGGGAGCGCAGGGCAAACCCAGCUCUGUACCCGCAGGAGUUCUCUGUCCCAAAGACUACCAACUAUCAGGACGUGGACCCCAGGGGCCGGGGAGGAGGAAGGGGUAGGAGAGGAGGAGGAGAAAAAAGAGGAGGAUACUCGAGCAACUUUGAAAACUUUGUCUCGAGGGGAAAAAGAGAAUAUGACCGACACAACGGAACUGGUAUCUCUCCUGAUGAGAAGAGAGGUGGCAGAGGGCCCUGGAACUGGGGUUGUGUGGAAGAACCAGAAAGUGAGUUAAUUGAUGUGACACUUGCUGCUCCGGAACACUCUGAAGAGCCUCAAGCACCAGAAGAAGAGAACCCGAACCUUGCAAUGACAGAGGAAGAAGGAGAAAUGGUGGUCCAGGUUGCCAUGGAGAUGACUCUGGAUGAAUGGAAGGCUUUGCAGAAUGACAGUCGUCCGAAGGCAGAGUUCAACAUCCGCAAAGCAGAGAGCACCAUUCCAUCAAAGGCCAAAGUCAUCCACAAGUCCAAACAUGUGCAUCUCAAGGAUAAUAUGGAAGGAAUUGAGGAUGACAGCAAUUUCUUCCGCCGAUCUGUGAAUGACAUCACCUCCCUUCUGGACAUCAACUUUGGUAGUCUGGGACGCCCAUCUCGAGGGGGUCGAGGCAGAGGGCGUGGUUGUCCGCCGAGCCACCAAGAGCCAGCCAAACGCACACUGGAGAAGGAGGGUGAAGCAGCUCCUGAUCCAGACAACCAUGAAGACUUCCCAGCACUAUCAGCAGGCAUUUAAUUGAGUUUACUCUUCAUGUAGCUGGUGUGGGGAAACAGGUUGCACUUUUAACACUGGCCAGAAUAGCAGUUUAUUGUUCCUUGAGGUCUAGUGUUUAGUUCUACUGGGUUUUUGUUGUCAUUCAUUGAAGGCACUGAGUUUAUAAAGACUUGAGCAAAUAUUAUUGGUGUCUUGUACUUUUUUGUUGUCAUUCAUUGAAGGCACUGAGUUUAUAAAGACUUGAGCAAAUAUCAUUGGUGUCUUGUA